AUGCAGUCAAUACUACUGCUAGGCUUCUUCGCCACGGUCAUUGCCGGUCCCUUGCAGCAGCCAUUGGCCGACUUGCCGGCACGACUGAACGGUCGCUUCUUGCACAUAACAGAUUUUCAUCCCGACCGUCUGUACAAACCAGGGACCUCGAUCGAUCGCUCGUGCCACCAUGGCAAAGGGGGGUCGGGAUAUUUUGGCGCCGAAGGCACAGACUGUGACGCACCCCUCUCACUCAUCGACGAGACCUUUCGCUGGAUCGAAGAGAACUUGAAGGAUGAGAUUGAUUUUGUCAUUUGGACUGGUGAUUCCGCCCGACACGAUAACGAUGAAAAGCUUCCUCGCACCGCCGACGAGAUCCUCGAUCUCAACACCUACCUCUCGCAGAAAUGGAUCGCCAUGUUCAACCAGAACCAGAAACAGACGAACCACGCGAGUUCCGUCUCCAGACUACCUGUCCCCGUGAUCCCGACGUUCGGCAAUAACGACAUCAUGCCGCAUAACAUCUUCGACGAGGGCCCGAAUAAGUGGACGAAGCGGUUCGCGGAGAUCUGGAACGCCUUUAUCCCGGAGGACCAGCGUCAUACUUUCGUUCUAGGGGGCUGGUUCACGACGGAGGUAGUGCCCGGUCAGCUGGCAGUGAUCAGUCUCAACACGAUGUACUUUUUCGACUCGAACAGCGCAGUGGACGGGUGCGAGGCCAAGUCCGAGCCUGGGUAUGAACAUAUGGAGUGGUUACGGAUCCAGCUGAAGAUAUUGCGGAGUCGCAAUAUGAAGGCUAUUCUCAUGGGACAUGUGCCUCCUGCCCACUCGAGUGAAAAACAGAACUGGGACGAGACGUGUUGGCAGAAAUAUACACUCUGGGUGCAUCAGUAUCGGGAUGUGAUCGUUGGCUCGUUCUACGGUCAUAUGAAUAUUGAUCACUUUAUCAUGCAGGAUAGCAACAAGGUUAAUAUCGAUGUCCAGGUGGAUGGGAGGGUGUCUACUAGCUCCAAGUCGGAUUACCUCGAGUCACUCCGCGGCCAGUGGUCCUCGUUACCAUCGCCUCCAUCGGGAGUCUUCGAUGAGCUGGAUGCGGAGAUGGAGGCCGGUGCUGUCUCCGAUACUACAUUCAAGAAGGGGAAGAAGGAGAAGAAGAUGCGCAAGUUUUUAAAGAAGAUUGGGGGUCCGUGGGCCGAGCGCUACAGCGUCUCGCUCGUCUCGCCUAGCUUGGUUCCGAACUAUUUCCCUAGUCUUCGUGUGAUCGACUACAACAUCUCCGGGUUGGAAGGCGCUGCAGUUUGGCCCGUUUCCUCAGAUCACGCCGAGGAAAACGUCUCCGACUUUGACGACUAUACCGAGCUCGAUACCCCCGAGUCCAGUGAUGACUCCAUCCCCGAAACCCAGAAGAAGAAGAAGAAGAACAAAAAGAAGAAGGGCAAGAAGCCCAACUUCAAGGUGCCAGAAGGCCCUUCCCCGACCACACCCCCCGGCCCUGCCUACUCGAAUCAGCCAUUCACUUUACUCGGCUACACCCAAUACUACGCCAACAUCACCCGAAUCCAAGAGGAGAUCGACGCAAACCCAUCCGACGACCCUCGCCUCGAUUUCGAGAUCGAGUACACCACAAAUGAUGAUGUGUACCAGAUGAAAGAUCUCACGGUGCGCAGCUUCUUCCAGCUCGCAGGCAGAAUAGCCGACGAGGAUGCCCAAGCCGAGACCAGUCUGGACGCCGAUUCGUCGGCCAAGAAAAAGAAGUCCAAGAAGGCGAACAAGGUCUGGCGGGCAUUUUUGCGACGAGCCUUUGUUGGAUAUGAGGAUAUUGACGACUUGGAUUAA